UAUGAUGAGAAAGUGCCCCAAAUCGAGGAUUUUUUUAAUUUCUUCACCAAAUUGUUAUGAAUCAGGCAAAUUUCAUUUUCUCACCGUGUUUCGAUAUCUCGGUACAGAAUCUGUUGCUAAUCACGAUUAUCGCUGGAAAAACAAGCUUGAAUUGGGAAAUAUUAACAGGUUGGAUGAUGCUAUUAGUUUGUACAAGAACAUGUCCAGAAUGAGGCCUUUGCCUUGUGUAAAACAAUUCAAUCAAUUGCUUUCGCGCGUGGUCAAUCUCAAACAGUAUUCCGCCGCCAUUUUCAUCUUCAAAGACAUGUGUAAUUUGGGGGUUUCACUUGAUGCGUACACUAACAACAUUGCUAUCAACAGUUAUUGCCUUUCCGAGCGGGUCGAUUUUGGGUUUUCGAUUCUGGGUUGGUUCUUCAAGCUUGGUUUUGUUCCUGAUUCUUUCACCUUCACCGCUUUAUUGAAGGGUUUGUUUCGAGAAAAUCGGAUCACCGAGGCGCAAGAAUUGUUUAGGAAGAUUGUGAGAGAAGGGCUGUGUGAUCUAGAUGUCGUUACUUACGGGACCGUGAUCGAUGGACUCUGCAAAGCCGGUAGUACCGCGGUGGCUAUCGAACUUCUCAGAGUAAUGGAGAGAGGGAAGUGUAAGCCUAAUAUCAAUGCAUAUAACAUGGUUCUUGAUUGCUUAUGUAAACAGAGAAUGAUAGAUUCCGCACUGAAGCUGUUCGAAGAAAUGUCUGAGAAAAGCAUCACGCCUGAUGUUUGCGCUUACAGCACGUUGGUGCACGGCUUGUGUAGUACGAGUCGUUGGAAAGAAGUUAGGACGCUACUAAAGGAGAUGAUAGAUUGCAGAGUAUAUCCGGAUGUGGUGACGUUCACCACCAUUGUCGAUGCUUUAUGCAAGGAAGGUUUGGUGGACGAAGCGGAAGAUGUGCUCCAAAUCAUGAUGCAGAGAAAUGUGGUUCCGGAUUUAGUUUCCUACAACGCGUUGAUGGAUGGAUACUGUCUGCAAGGACGAAUGGACAGAGCUCGUAACGUUUUCGAUUCCAUGUCUAGCAAGAAUGUUGUUCGCGAUGUUUAUAGCUACAGCAUUUUAAUCAACGGAUAUUGCAGAAAGAUGAAAAUAGACGAAGCUGUGGAUCUCUUCCGUGAGAUGCCCGAUAGAGGUUUGAAGCCCAACGUUGUUACGUAUACUUGUCUAUUGCAUGGGUUGUUUCAUGGCGGAAGAUGUUCUUGUGCAUUGAAGCUUUUUGACGAGUUACGAGCUGCUGGACUGAAACCAAACUUCCAUACUUACUGUAACUUGUUGGAUGGACUACGUGUGAACGGGCUCGUUGAAGAGGCACUGUCGUUGUUGAGUGCAUUGGAGCAGAAAGGAGAACUUCUUCAUAUUGCUUACUACAAUAUCAUUAUCGAUGGAUUGUGCGAAGCUAAGAAACUCGAUAAUGCUCGAUCUAUUUUUAACGAUCUUCCUUGUAAAGGAUUGAAACGUAAUGUGGUAACGUACAAUAUCCUGAUAAAAGGGUGUUGUCAAAACGGGCUACUUGAGGAAGCGAAAGAUAUUCUUUUGAAGAUGGAACGGGAUAAAGUGUUGCCUGAUGGGGUUACCUACAAUUGUAUUGUUCAAGGAAAUCUAAAGAGCGGCAAAUACGAAGAUGCAGGAAAGUAUCUCGAGGAAAUGGUUUCUAAAGGAUUCUCCCCGGAUUCAGUUACUUUUUCACUGCUGCUUGAUUUACUUGAAAAAACGGAACACAAGCCCACGAUUCUUAAGAUGAUUCAAAUGUUUGCUCCUACUUCUUUAAAACUGUAAUUAUUAGCCAAGUAAUUUAUCUGUAUGCAUUUACGAAAUAACAGAGCAUGGUUACCAUCGAUUGCUUCAGACUAAAAUUAAUUAUCUUUCCUUGUCUUUUUUUUUU